AUGCCUGCAAACCACAGCAUUAAGAAAGCCUUAUCCCUCAUUCAAAAUGAUGCCUCCAAAGUGCUCGGCUUAAAUGUCGGGAGGUAUGAGGAUGUCCAGCCGGGCCAGUACAUCCCUCGAGCCGAUGCCCAGUCACACCCCGACCUAUUCUCCCGCAGCCUUUCGCCCAGUAGCACUUACAUGGUCGUCGGGCUCGAUAUCGACGCGCCUUUCCCGUCCUUCGGGGUUCUUGGUCCCAUUCUCCAUUGGAUCCAGGGCGGGCUCCAACCCACUCCCUCCGAGUGUAACCCGGGCAUCUACUACACCUUGGAGGUGACCGCGCCCUUUGUCGCCAACUAUAUCGGGCCUGCACCGCCCCCAGGGAGCUCCCCGCAUCGGUAUAUCUUCAUCUUGUACGAGCAGCCGGCCGGCUUCGAUGCGAAGAAGUAUGCGCCGCCGAAUGGGCAGAAUCUGGGAAACAUCCAUCGGAUGCGCUAUAAUCUGGAUGCGUGGGAGAAGGAAAUCCAGCUGGGCCCUAUCGUUGCCGCAAAUUACUUCAAAAGUAACUAA